AUUUCCAAACAAUCCGCUGCGUCCUAUGGCUGCGUCCAGUGUAUAAGAAGAGACCGAUCCAUGUAGCUUAUAGAGUUGCGGACACCAGCAGGAGAGUUGUAGCCGACCUCAACGUUAACCUGCCUGUUCAUAUAAACAACAGUGAAGUAUGUGAUUUGGAAGUUUUCUUUUAUAGCAAGUGUCCUUUUGCUCACCAUGACGCAGCCGGCGGAGAAAGUCUAUUACCGCUUUGUGGUGCUGUUCUUCAACUGCCUGCUCACAUUUGGCUCUUACUUCUGUUUCGACAUCCCCAGUGUUUUGCAGGAUCAGUUCCAAGGGAACCUGACAUGUCCCAACGCAACAGUGGUCAAUGGGACAGUGGACUGUGUGGUGGGAUUAGGGAUGACCCCUCAGCAGUACAAUCUUCUUUAUGCAAUCUAUGCUUGGACGAAUGCAGUAGUGGUGAUCAUGGCUGGGUUCCUGAUUGAUAAAUUAGGAAACCGCUUUGGAGUAUUUCUGUUCUCAUUUCUGUGUGUUUUGGGCUCGUCCCUGUUUGCACUGGGUUCCCACUUCAAAGGAUCUCCCUAUCUGCUGCCACUUAUGCUCACAGGCCGACUACUGUUUGGAUCAGGCAAUGGAUCUCUUACCAUUGUUCAGAACCGCAUCACAGCGUUCUGGUUCAAAGGGAAGGAACUGGCCUUGGCUUUCGGUCUGACCCUGGCUUUCUCUCGCCUGGGUUCAGUCCUGAACUUCUUCCUCACGCAGAGGUUUGAAGAACAAUAUGGCAUACAGUGGACACUCUGGGGCGGUACACUACUGUGUGUGCUGGGCUUUGUAUCUGCCGUUGUAGUCAGUGCCCUGGACAAGAUCGGAAUGAGGCAGCUGGGUCUUGAUGGCGCCAUCCGAGAGGAGUCCCGCAAAGUGAGGAUUCAGGAUGUGAAGCUCCUGUCGCUAAGAUACUGGCUGCUGGUUCUCACCAUUAUGUUCUUCUACAAUGGCAUCUUCCCGUUCAUCGCAGAUGCCAGUAAGUUCAUUCAGGAUAAGUACAAUGGCUACAGUCAGAAGGAGGCGGCCUAUAUCGCCGGGGCGGUUUAUGACAGCUCACUGGUCCUCUCAGCCAGCGUGGGCAUUCUCAUAGAUUUUGUGGGUCUGCGGGGCGUUUUUGCAUUGGCCUGUGCCAUCUUCACGCUGCCUGUGUUUGGGCUCCUGGCCUUCACCUUUGUCCCUCCUCUCGUCUCCACCAUAUGGCUGGGAGUCACCUACUCCUUCGCUGCUGCAAGCAUGUGGCCGUCUAUUCCCCUUGUGGUGCCUCAGGCGACUCUGGGAACAGCCAUGGGUCUGGCUACCUCCAUACAGAUGGUUGGGAUUGGGGUGUCCAAUCUGGUUGUUGGGCAGAUUUUGGGCACCAAGUCUAGUGAAACUAAAAUUCCGUUGUGGCGUUGGCAGAGGAUGAUGAUCUUCAUGUUGGCCAACACCAUCGCCUGCAUCGUCACCUCGGUGCUGCUCAACAUGGUCGACCACAGACAGGGCGGGAUCCUGAACAAGACAACCAAGAGGUCGGGGCCGGCAGAGAGAGACUCCGACAGAGAGCCGCUCAACCCGGGAGAGGAAGAGCAAAAUGAGGAUGAGGAGGACGAGGCGGUCAGAUCUCAUUCUCUCAACUCUUAAGUUUGGGUUAUACUUUACUCAAGUUUGAACAUUUCUCUCUCCCUUUUUAUUUAUAUAAAUAAAAAGAGAGAGAGAGGUACAUGUUAUAUACUGUGUGUGUGUGU